AAUAAACCUAAUUCUGAAAUUCAUAACGAGUUCAAAGAGAUCGUAACAAGGUGGUUCGAGAUCGACGAUGAUUACGAUUUAUUAAUCGACUUAAUAAAGGAUACCGAAGAAAAGAAGUAUCUGUUCGUUGUUAAGGAUUCAAUUAGUGUUAUCAUUAUGUGCUUUUUCUGUAUUAAGAUGAACAUGAUCGGAUUUGAAGAAGAGAACAAGCCAACCAAGCGAUUGCGAGUAUCCGAUAUUAUCAAUUUUGAUAAAACCUGUAAGAAGUUGAAAACUAGCGGAGUUAUUGUAACGAAUCUAUUUUGUAAAAAUUCUACAAAAAUGAAGGCUAAGGAACUUGAAAUUUUGUUGGUAAAUCCGCAACGAGGGAAAGCGAAGAUUGAUGAUUUUGUAGAAGUUUUAAAGGCGCGUGUGGAAGUUUAUGAAUCCAAGAGCGAAACUUCGGAAGAGGAGGCAAACGAAAUCGGGAUCGAUCAUUUUUAA